AUGGUCAAGUAUCUAGCGACAUUAGGUACUUUUGAACAGGUUUGCACCCUUGCAGCACCGAGCGACCUCGGAACACCAACAGUUAUCAUUUCAACUUACACCGAAACGGCACCCACUAUUGAGCAAGCAACUAAAGCUAUCCAUCAACUACUCAGUAACGGCAACACACAGGCUUAG